AUGUCCUGCUCAGAUACAGAUAGUUUCCUCUAUCUACACGCUGAGCUCCUGCCUAAUAUCCGCCAAAUCACCCUAUAUGUUUCCCUCCCCCAAACCAGUGUACUAAAUAACGUCCGACCGACCGUACAGCUAUCAGAAUCCUGCAAGGCAGUCACAGUCUCACUCUCCGAGCCUUUCCAAGAUGUCUCAGAGACGAUCAAGCUUCCGGCGCGCGUCAACGGCGCGUCUCGCCGAGCAUUGAACACGAACAUCAGCCCAACAAUCAUGCACAACCCCUCCCACUUCAAGGGUACCAGCCACGACUACUCUUUUAGGAUGCAGAUCGAUGCCAAGGACCCGGCUCUCGUACCUCGCGACGAAAUUAUGGAUGAUUACGUACCCUGGACAGCAGCAGACAUGUCCUGCUCGACCCGUAUUCGUUGCCGAAAGUGUGGCGCGACCUUCCUCGAUCCAGCAAUCUCCGCAAAUAUACCGGAAGAAGAAGGAACUGCGAAUCCGGCUAAAUGGGCAUGGAAAGAUUUACCAAGUGGGAAUUGGGCGGAGAUGAUGGACUUCUGGCACUGCCACAAGCCUGACCCCCACGAGGACGAUCCAAAGUCCGAAGCCACCGCGGCUCUCAAGCUUGAGGAGCAAAGUGCCCAGGUUAAGGGAUACGGGGCAGCUAGUCGUGUUGAAGCGAUUCCUGCUACUGUCUUGAUCGAUGUGGCUACUUUCCUACUGGCCGAGUCCGACUGUGUAGGGUUGAAAAAGAAAUUGAAAUCGCUUCAUACUUUGAAAUCCCACUUUCCUUUUCAUCCGGGCAACCAGAAGGAGACCAUUUCGUGCCCAUGGGGUGGCUUCCGAUACUAUUGCCCUAGAGGGAUGUCUGUGCAUAUCGCGUUCAGUCAGAUGGCAGCCAUUUCGGCAUUUGAGUCUACGGCUUUGGAAGGCAGAUAUCCUCUCUCGCUAGAUGGAUUUCGCCAACCUUUGCUGACUGUCUUGGAAGUUGUUGUGGCUGCUGUCUCAAGUGAUCAAGAGGAAGCCAAAUCUAGUACGGAGGCUUCAGAACAACAUACAUUAGAGUGUAUACACUGCAACUCCAUUAUCGGCAUGGAAGAUUCAUCGGCCAAUGGAUGGCGAUUACUCAAGGCAAAUGUAUCCUUGAACACCAAUUCUGCGCCUGUUACGGAAGAAGAAUGGCAAAGUCACCCCGAAGAGAUGAUUGUCGCGGCCCAAUUGCUGGAGCUGAUCGAGCGUGAGAGUGCUCGAAGAUUUGUCGUUCAUUGCGGCCAAAAAAGUGGACUAUUGCUCUGGGUCUUCAAUCCCGACUUACGAUAUUCAAAUUCAUCUUCCGGAUACAGCGUCAACGCCCAACAAGCCAUGAAAGUGUUCUAUCAGAACAUCCAGGACGUUGACAAACUUCUCAAUCCAGAACUCGGAAAAGUCAGCCCACUGUCGGUGGAAGAGCUCGAACUUCCCUCAUCGAUCCUGCAAUCAUUAUCAUCCUCCCUCGAAAAAAGCAACAACAUGCUUCCCCUUUCAGCGAGAAGGUUCAGCGAAUGGCAUGUCGGUUUGUUGAGCCGGUUCAGUCGUGAACAAACGGCUCCCUCGGUUUCUACCUCGGUCUGA